AGUUUCUGGUGUCACUUAUGAGCCGCAGGUCCCCGCCGCUGCGCAGGCGAUGUUUGGGUGGCUGCGGGACAGCAGCGCCAGGGCGUCCUGAGCCCGCACCCAGUGCCUCCCAGCCUGGGUUCGGCGGCAGUGGCUGCGAGGGUGGGGAAGCAACAGGCUGUCGGGACCUCCGACCCAGUUUAGCCAGCCCGUCCUAAUCGCCUUGUUCCCAAAGACAAAGGAGUAGAGAGAGAGAGAGAAAAAAAAAGAGGGAAGAGAUGAAGGGGCUCCACUUGCUGUGGCUGGCCGGCUUCCUGGGCUCUGUCUCGGGCUGCCCUGAGGUCUGUGACUGUGGAGAGAAGUACGGCUUCCAGAUCUCCGACUGCGCCUACCGCGACCUGCAGGCGGUGCCCUCGGGCUUCCCGGCCAACGUGACCACGCUCAGCCUCUCGGCCAACCGCCUGGGGGACCUGGAGGCGGGGGCCUUCGAAGAGGUGCCGCUGCUGCAGUCGCUGUGGCUGGCCCACAACGAGAUCCGGGUCGUGGCCCCCGGCAGCCUGGCCACCCUGGUCUACCUCAAGAGCCUCGACCUGAGUCACAACCUCAUCUCCAACUUCUCCUGGAACGAUCUGCACAACCUCAGCGCCCUGCAGCUGCUCAAGAUGGACAGCAACGAGCUGGCGGUGAUACCCCGGGACGCCUUCAAGAACCUCGGGGACCUGCGGUCCCUGCAACUCAACCACAACCGGUUCCUGACUCUGGUGGACGGCACUUUCGAGGGACUCACUUCCCUGUCCCACUUGCAGAUCAACGACAACCCCUUCAACUGCACCUGCGGCUUGCUGUGGCUCAAGGUGUGGGCCGUGGCCACGGCGGUCUCCAUCCCGGAGCAGGACAACAUCGCCUGCUCCUCGCCCCCCUUCCUCAAGGGCAUCCCCCUGGGCCGGCUGCCCCCGCUGCACUGCGCCCCGCCCACGGUGCAGCUCACCUACCAGCCCAACCAGGACGGCGCCGAGCUCCGGGACGGCUUUGUCCUGGCCUUGCACUGCGACACCGACGGGCAGCCCCCGCCUGAGGUCCAGUGGCGGAUCCAGACGCCCGGCGGAAAGGUGGAGAUCACAAGCCCCAACGUGGGUCCAGACGGACGCGUCCCGGGAGUGCCCGGGUCCCCCCAGCCCCGGUUCCAGGCGUUCGCCAACGGAAGUCUGCUCAUCCCGGGCUUUGGGAAACAGGAGGAAGGGACCUAUAGUUGCCGGGCCACCAACGAGCUGGGGAGCGCGGAGGGCUCGGUGAAUGUGGCUCUGGCGUCUCCGGGGGAAGCCAGCGAGGAUGCCCUGGGCCGCAAGUUCCACGGCAAGGCCGUGGAGGGCAAGGGCUGCUACACCGUGGACAACGAGGUGCAGCCGUCAGGGCCCGAAGACAACGUGGUCAUCAUUUACCUGUCCAGCACAAACCCCAAGAAAAACGGGGCAAGUUCCCUCGGGCAGCUGGGCCCCUGGCUUCUCUUCCUGGGUCUUUUCCACCUGGCCUUCUAACUCCUCCCCUUUCCUUCUUUCUUCUCUGCGCCCUUCAGUAUUCUGCUCCCCUCAAUACCUCCAUCUAGCUAGAGGAUCUGCGGAGCUCUCCCUCAUCCAAAUCCAUCCCUCUCACUGGGACCCAUCCCCACGACACUCUCAGGCCUUUCUAGUUUUAUUAGGGACUGGAAGGGAAUAAUUUGCGUGGCUUCCAGAAGGUGAAAUAAGCUCUUCCUCCCGGUGUUCUGGUAUCCAGUUUUUGCCCCAAAUGCUCCGUAAUAGGCCCGUUAAACCAAAUUUAUUCACUCCUGGCUGAGACAUCCUGAAAAGCCCCUGGGCCAACUAGAGACAGAACAGGGUAAGCCUUGAUAUGUGCCUUCAGUUCAACUGGGAAAAACCCCCAACAACAAACCCGAAUUGGGCGCCUUUGCAAUCUCUCAGCCCCCGCUUUUAAUCACUUCCUCCUUAUCCCUUUUAAGUUAGCCCCCAAACUUCCUCUCAGCUAGCUGGGGCCAGCUCUUAGGGACCAAUUUAUUCCAAGGUGCUAUUAAUAACAGCUUCAGUGUUUCCCCUCCUCAAGUGGAUUCAUGUUCCAACUUGGACAGUAUCUGGGGUGGAAGGAAGGAAGCUUUAAUAGGCAAUGGAGGGAAUAUUUAGGAGAAGUGGGUUCUUCCUAGCUCUUCUCACUUCAUUUCAGUGGGCAAGGAUGGCCCUGCUGGGGUCACUGAGUGAUGGCUGCAGAGACCACUUUGGGCAAAGACGAAGGAGACAGAGGAGGGAAGACUUCAAACCACGCUGAUGGGCCUGACCUGUACCUCCUCUCCCUUCAUGGCCCCCUCCUGUCCAUUCCUCCUCCCUCAACCUGAGGGACCCUCCCACCCACAGGGAUAAGGGCUUGAGAAGCAUCUCCCCCCUCAGAUUGAAGGAAAGGAGCUCGUACUAACAUGAUCCUGUCUCUGUCUACCAGGAGAAGAAGGGAGGCUGUGUCUGCAAUUCCCUCCUCCUCAUCAUCACCUGUCUAUGGCCUUCCUCAGCCCUCCUGCCUCCUCCCUCAUAUAGAUGUAUUCUCCCAGAGACCCUGUCCCACCUUCUGCCAUUGAGUGAUGGAACAGAAGAGGGCCAAGUUGUUGCUUGCUGUAAUAAAUAGUAUUUCCAUGA